CGCAAUAACCAUAAACAAAGGUGUCGGAAUCAGCUGAGCAGGCCUUCACCAACGAUCAUGUCUACCAAACUUAUCACCGAUACCUUCAAACAGGUAAAGAAUACAUCAGCAGAAAAAAGGCAAUACAUAAAACCAGAAGAUAGUAAAACUUUCAUCGAAAAUGUAAAGGAAAGUCGCGACGAAAAGAGGGACUACAAGCAAAAGUCUGAAGAUAACGACUUUGGGAUUCUAAGAAACUUUGAUUUGGAAGCAGAAUAUGGGCCAUGUAUUGGUAUGAGAAGACUGGAGCGGUGGGAGAGAGCAAAUAAUUUUGGACUUAAUCCACCGAAAGAUGUUAAGAGAAUAAUUGAAGAAAAUAUCCAUGAUGAUAGAUAUCUGGAAUGUGUUUGGCAUGAUUAUAACAUUUAAGAAGACACAGUUAGAAGAAAUCUAAAGAGACUUGGUUGUUGGUUCAUUAGUGGGAAAUUAUAUCAUUCAGUUUUCUAUUUAAUAUUUUAAUGCACCAUCCAGCAGAUCUUACUUGUCAUAUUUAAAAUUUAGCAUAUGCUUCUAGUAUUUGAAAGGAUGAGAAACUUUUAGCAAGUUAGAAUAACCAAAUUGUAUAUGUAAAUUGUGUAAAUAGCCUUGCUUUUCUCUACAUAAGCUCAAAUGAAAAGGUGAAAACUCAAA